AUGGUUGAGCCUCAUCUGAAGGAGAGAAGAAACAGAGGUCGAAUUGAUAUCUCAGCAGAGGAGCGAGUUGUGGUGACUUUGCGGUACCUGGCAACAUGGGACAGUAUGGCUUCACAAUCUUUUAAUUUUAGAAUUGGCCGUGCAACAGUCUCCAACAUUGUGCGAAAAGUAUGUGAUGUUAUUUGGACAGCACUGAGCCCCAAGUAUCUCAGGAUGCCAUCGAGUGCGCAGGAGUGGCUGGAAAUUGCAAGGCAGUUUAAAGAGGAGUGGGAUAUCCCUCACAUUAUUGGUGCUGUGGAUGGAAAGCAUGUCGCUAUCGAAUGCCCAAAAUUUGGAGGUUCUAUGUACUACAACUACAAGGGCUUUCACAGUUCAGUCCUAAUGGGCAUCUGUGAUGCAAAGUACUCCUUUAUAUGGGUGGGUGUUGGGUCAUAUGGACAGACAAUGAUGCCUCAAUUUUUGGCCAGUCUUCCGUUUGCCAUCACAACUUCCUCAUGCAAACAGACAACGCUUAUUACCUACCAAACGGAUUUGUGGACAGCUACAAUAAUGUGGAAUUUAAGGAGGGGGAAUAUGGCGCACUAUUGUAUGAGAAGAUGA